UUCAGUAUAUUUUAUGUGUAUUUGAAAAUGUGCGGCAAUCUAUUGAUAUUUUCGUUUCUGAGCGCUAGUGGGGCUUUAACCAUUUCAGUAUAUUGUAUGUGUAUUUGAAAAUGUGCGGCAAUCUAUUGAUAUUUUCGUUUCUGAGCGCUAGUGGGGCUUUAACCAUUUCAGUAUAUUUUAUGUGUAUUUGAAAAUGUGCGGCAAUCUAUUGAUAUUUUCGUUUCUGAGCGCUAGUGGGGCUUUAACCAUUUCAGUAUAUUGUAUGUGUAUUUGAAAAUGUGCGGCAAUCUAUUGAUAUUUUCAUUUCUGAGCGCUAGUGGGGCUUUAACCAUUUAAGUAUAUUUUAUGUGUAUUUUCUCAUGCUAAUGUAAACAAUGCAGGACGCCCCUCAGGCUACAAAGACGGGAUAUUGUCUGUUCUGAUGAUAUAACCAUGUAUAUACAUGUAUUACCGUCACAAGAUUAUACAUCUUCUCUAGAGUUAAUUAAGCCUAGCCGCCCCUAUCAUGUAUAUACAUGAGUUACCGUCACUAGAUUAUACAUGUUUGCUACAGUUAAGCCUAGCAGCCCCGAUCAUGUACAUACAUGAGUUACCGUCACUAGAUUAUACAUGUUUGCUACAGUUAAGCCUAGCAGCCCCGAUCAUGUACAUACAUGAGUUACCGUCACUAGAUUAUACAUGUUCGCUACAGUUAAGCCCCCGAACAUGUACAUACAUUACAAAUUGUGUAACCACAACACAAUACAAAUAAAUAAAUAUAUAUAAAGCGGUCACUUCAGGUCUGAUACAUUAAUUUAUUAUUACACACUGUCACAUCAGGUAUGGCAAAUUCCAGCGACGAAAACGAGUUCAUAAGAAACCUUCUAUUCCCAGAUGAUGAAAACGUAACGUAUGAACCAAGCUCACCGGAAGUGCGAGAUCAGCUAAGAAAACUAAAUGAAAAGUUACUGGAUGGUUCUGUGUGUCCAAAAUGUGGAAAGCAAUUUUUUAAUAAAUCGAAUUCAAUAAAACACCAGAGAUCGGCAGUGUGUGAUAAAAAAAAGGAAAAACGCUGUCAAACUUGUAAAAAGGAGUUCAGGAAACCGUGUGAAUUAAAGAGACAUAUGCUACAAUGUGCUGCUAUGACAGAGCAAUGUACUUUAUGCCAGAAGAAGUUUAAAUCACGAAAAUAUCUGGACCUUCAUAUGCAACGGUCCCAUGAGAACGCUUGUCCAAUAUGUGGUGAAAAUUUUGUGGACAACAGAGAACAGCUUGUUGCUCACGCAAGAAGACAUUUCAAGGAUGACUAUCUAACACUGCCUCAAGUGAAAGCACUUAGGAAAAUAACUGGUAAAUCGGCGUUGCUUCCGGUGGACCGGAAUAGUAAUUCUAGUGAUUCAUCUAACGCCGUUCGUGCUUCUAGUGAUCCAAUUCCAGGACCAUCCGGUGCGCCGAACAUGGAUCCGGCCUUUCAGCAAACAUCAAGACCGAUACACGGAAACGCUGGUAUAGAGAUAUCGGUUACUCCAAGUGGCACAGAAAAAUAUUCCCUGUUGGCGCUGUUUGACGGGAAACGACAACAAAUAAGUUGGAACCUAGAGACGCAUUUACAAAGGUAACACAUUUUUAUCAUGUAAUUUAUAUACAUCAAAUAUGUGUGUGUGAAUUAAUGUAUAGCAUAAAUACGAACUAAAUUUAAACGCAUGUGAUUAUCAAAUUUAUAUACAUGUACACAUUAUAAUUAUGAAUAUCGAUAUCAAUUUUUUUCCGAAGCAAGAAAAUAUAAUGCCUCUGGAGCACCCAUUGAAUAAAAUAUUCAUUCAAACAGUUUAUAGAAGUAUAUAUAUUUCACUUCCCUUUGCAGAUGGACCAAUGUGCGUUGGUAUUUGAAUGCAAAAUGCAGGAUGAUUCGGUACGACAACGAAGGAAAUAUAAGGGACACAGACUAUCCUUGUUUCAGAGCGAAGUCGCAGAUACUGCUAUCAAGCGAAACAAUGCCAUCUCAGAUUGAUCAGGCUUAUUUUAAAGUAAAUUCGUCGCUUGAAUCGUACUGUUCGUCCGAAAGUGGCUGGGUCCUAGACGAGGUGCUUCUUCUUGAACUUUUUAUUUUAAGAUACAAUCCUUUGGGUGGCAACUGCGGCGACCUCGAGCUUCCACAUGAAUUAUCGCGCACACGUGCCCUGAUAAAUGUCACUGGUAGGCCAGCAAAUAGUAAAAACUGUUUUAUAUACGCUGUCAUUGCAGCCAUACACCAUAAACCUAGUGAACAUAGUGAUUCUGUGCACUGGUCCGCAUUUGAGGACAAAAGAAGGAUGUACAGAUUUCCGGAUAGUAUGGACGAAAACGAUACAGUUACACUUACAAAGAUUCCAGAAUUUGAAAAAGAAAACAAAAUUUCGGUCAACGUUUUCGCAUAUGACGAUGGUACCGUAUUUCCUCUGUAUGUGUCCACAAACGGAAAUGAGAGGGGACAUGCAAACUUACUGUUGCUAAAUGUACUGCAACAAGACGACACGGACCAACAGGUAUUUCCUCACUAUUGCGCCAUUAAAGAUCUUGGAACUCUUGUCCACCAUCAGCUCUCGUCUACGCACAAAGUGUACGUUUGCCCGCGAUGUUUGAAUGCUAAAUACUCCUCCAAAGACCUAGAGCAGCACAUGGAGCAUUGUAAUUUAUUAGACCCGUUAAACGUAAAAAUGCCAAGCAUUGGUAAUGAUUACAUUGAAUUUAAAAAGCACCAUCUACAACUAGAAGCUCCUUUCGUAAUUGUAGCAAGAUUCGAGUGUUUUCGUCGGCCAAUCUUCGAUCUCAAUGAACCAACAGAAGGUGCGAUCGUGAGAGAAAGAUUUCAUGAUCCCUGUGCUUUUGCUUAUUAUAGAAUAAGCAUUGAUAAUAGCUACCCCAAAGAGCCAGUUUUCUUUACACACCACGAUACACGUAUAGUCAUGAAGGAGUUUCUACAAUGCAUGCAACGUGAGCAGACAGAAGCACUGGCGAUUAUGCGGCGAAAUCAACCAAUACAGUACUGCGAUGAAGGGAUUCGCAACAUUCAGGCGUCCAACGAUAAAUGCCAUAUCUGCGACGACACGUUCCUGCCCGGACAGCGUAUAGCAUUAGACCACUGUCACAUAACAGGUAGAAAAUUCAACAGUUCUAACAACUUUGAGUAAAAUUGUAAUACAUUGCACUAAUAUUCGCACUGAUAUAAUUGCUAGAGUAGCUUAAGUGCUAAAAUUGCUUAAUGCUGAAAAUGCUAAAUGCUUAAACAGGACCUUUGUUUAGAUAUUGCUAACAAAAACUAUACAACUAACAUCUUUACUACCAUUUCAUUACUUUAUUUCAGGGAAAAUUCGAGGCAGGGCUUGUAUGGGCUGUAAUUUGAAGCUGAGGGUACCUAACCAUCUUGUUGUCGUUAUUAACGAUCUCUCCGCAUACGACGGCAGAAUCUUAAUGCGUGCAGCCGAGAUUUAUGGAGUGAAAAAAAUAAGUGUCAUCCCAAAAACAAUAGAUUCCUACGCCGGUUUGACCAUCGACAGGUGCCGUUUUAUAGAUUUUAAAAACUUUUUUAAGGAUUCACUGACGUCACUUGUAGACGGACUUAAAGCGGAAGAGGGUCACGAAGCUUUCCUUCAUGCCAAUAAGUAUUGGCCACACUCAAUUACUCAACACAGACUUUGUAAGAUAGCCUUAUGUAGGGAUUAUAUUAAAGGCCCAGAUGAACUAGCGGAGACAGACCUGCCACUAAUUGAAAAUUUUGGGGACUGUGUCGAGGGGUCAUCACUGUCCGAAGAGGAAUACCGGGUUGUUCAAAGAGUCUGGGACUCAGCUGAUGAAAAAAGCCUUUAAAAUAAUGGAGCUUGCACUGAUCACAGACUGUUUAUUCACGGCCGACAUCAUCAGCAAGCUCAGAACAGCGGUGAUAAAAGACCUUAGA